AUGGGUGUGUUUGACUGGUCCCCAGCCUGUGCCCUGACGGCGAGGCAACCUGGUCUGCUGAGGCUGCCUGGUUCCAAGACUCGAAAGCUAGAGUUGGCAAACGUGGGCAAGUGGUUCCGAUGCAAGAAGGCCAACAAGAAGUGGCAUAUGCCCACUGCAGGUGGAGAGAGGUCCACUCAGGAAGCCAGCCCCACCAUGAGUCUGUGGGAACUUGACAGUCGUAGCUGCCAAGGUACUCCCAGGCCGGAUCAGGAGCCCAGCACUGAGGAGGCAUCGGCUGUGGAGCUACAGAUGAAGGUUGAUUUCUUUCGGAAGCUAGGCUACUCAUCUGCUGAGAUCCACAGUGUCCUGCAGAAACUGGGGGUGCAGGCCGACACCAACACGGUGCUGGGCGAGCUGGUCAAACAUGGGUCAGCAGCCGAGCGGGAGCGCCAGGCUUCCCCGGACCCCUCUGCUCAGCUCCCCCUGGUCCCCCGGGGUGGGGGCACCCCCAAGGCUCCCACCCUGGAGCCCUCGCCCCCAGAGGAGAACAAGGAGGGCAGCGACCUGAGGCCUGUGGUCAUUGAUGGGAGCAAUGUGGCCAUGAGCCACGGGAAUAAGGAGGUGUUCUCCUGCCGGGGCAUCCUCCUGGCGGUGAACUGGUUUCUGGAGCGGGGCCACACAGACAUUACGGUAUUUGUACCAUCCUGGAGGAAGGAGCAACCUCGACCUGACGUGCCCAUCACAGACCAGCACAUCCUGCGGGAACUGGAGAAGAAGAAGAUCCUGGUGUUCACCCCAUCGCGCCGGGUGGGCGGCAAGCGCGUGGUGUGCUAUGACGACCGCUUCAUCGUGAAGCUGGCUUUUGAGUCCGACGGCGUCGUGGUCUCCAAUGACACGUACCGGGACCUCCAGGGCGAGCGGCAGGAGUGGAAGCGCUUCAUCGAGGAGCGGUUGCUCAUGUACUCCUUCGUCAACGACAAGUUCAUGCCCCCCGAUGACCCCUUGGGCCGUCACGGGCCAAGCCUGGACAACUUCCUGCGGAAGAAGCCACUCACAGCCGAGCACCGGAAGCAGCCGUGUCCCUAUGGGAGGAAAUGCACCUAUGGGAUCAAAUGCCGGUUCUUCCACCCAGAGCGGCCCAGCCGCCCCCAGCGCUCUGUGGCUGAUGAGCUCCGUGCCAGUGCCCUCCUCUCACUCCCUAGGGCCCCGAGCAAGGAGAAGAGUGGCCGGCGGCCUUCACCUUCAUCCCAGCCUGGCUCUCUGCCGGCAGAGCAUGAGCAGGGCAGCCUAGAUGGGAAGAAGCUGGGAGCCCGGGCAUCGCCAGGGCCGCACCGAGAGGGUCUGACACAGACCUUCGCCCCAGCGGGCAGGAGCCUCCCACCUAGCGGGCGCAGCGGCAGCAACUUUGGGCCCACAGACUGGUUCCCACAGACGCUGGAUUCUCUCCCGUACAACUCCCAAGAGUGCCUGGACUCGGGCAUCGGCUCCCUGGAGAGCCAGAUGUCAGAACUGUGGGGGGUCCGAGGAGGAGGCCCUGGAGAACCCGGCCCGCCUCGGGGCCCUUAUGCUGGCUACGGCCCCUACGGGGCCGAGCUCCCGGCCGCUCCAGCCUUCCCUACUUUUGGACGGGCCGUGGGUGCCGGCCACUUCAGUGUCCCUGCUGACUAUGCCCCGCCGCCAGCUGCCUUUCCACCCCGAGAGUAUUGGUCUGAGCCGUACCAGCUGCCCCCACCCACCCGGGUCCUGCCGGAGCGGCAGGUGCCAGGCCCCGGGGCCGGGAGCCUAGCCAAGGAGCGAGCCAGUGUGUACAUCAAGCUGUGCGGGGUGUUUCCCCCGCACCUGGUGGAGGCCGUGAUGGGGCGCUUCCCUCAGCUCCUGGACCCCCAGCGGCUGGCUGCCGAGAUCCUUUCUUACCAGCCCGGGCACCCCAGCGAGUGA